AUUCAUCAAAAUGGCGACCAGGUUUUUUUUUUUUUUUUCGGAAUAGUCCUAUCUUUCUAUUUAAUCGGUCAAGAGGAUGACCAGUUAAAUAUCCUAGACCUGGGCAAGAGGGUCCGUUGAGGAGGAGGAGGAGGAAGAGGUGGAGGAUGACCCCGGAGUGAGGUGAUGGCCGCCCGAAGAUGCGCGCUGCAUUUAACAGUCGGAUAAAAUAAAUAAAUAAAGAAAGAAACGGCACUUGGGUAGCGGAUUGCCCAGGAUUGGGGCAUCGGAGAGUUGUUCGUCUCUCCACCCUCCAGCUUUGGGCCACAAGUAGUAGGCGAAAUCUUGAGGAGUGCAUGCCCUUCCCGCACUUACACUGUCGGUGCAAAUCUCUCAUUGAUUUGUCUUGAAGGGAGUGCAUACGAGGGUGGGGUGUCUGGUCUGUGACUUGUUAGUUAACAUCCUGCGCUUCCGUGGAAGAUGAGUUAUAACGGGGCCGGUACCGCUUCUUCAUUUGCACUGGAGUCAUCUUAACAAUGCACCCAAUGCAUCGAAGCAGAGAAGACGGCCAGUAUUUUCUAAAGGUUCUGAUACCUAGUUAUGCUGCUGGAUCUAUAAUCGGAAAGGGAGGACAGACAAUUGUUCAGUUGCAAAAAGAAACUGGAGCCACCAUCAAGCUGUCUAAGUCCAAAGAUUUUUAUCCAGGUACUACUGAGAGAGUGUGCUUGAUCCAGGGAACGGUGGAAGCACUGAAUGCCGUUCAUGGAUUCAUUGCAGAAAAAAUUCGAGAAAUGCCCCAAAAUGUGGCCAAAACAGAACCAGUCAGCAUUUUACAACCCCAGACCACCGUUAACCCAGACCGCAUCAAACAAACAUUGCCAUCAUCCCCAACUACCACCAAGUCCUCUCCAUCUGAUCCCAUGACCACCUCCAGAGCUAAUCAGGUAAAGAUUAUAGUUCCCAACAGCACAGCAGGUCUGAUAAUAGGGAAGGGAGGUGCUACUGUGAAGGCUAUAAUGGAGCAGUCAGGGGCUUGGGUGCAGCUUUCCCAGAAACCUGAUGGGAUCAACUUGCAAGAGAGGGUUGUCACUGUGAGUGGAGAACCUGAACAAAACCGAAAAGCUGUUGAACUUAUCAUCCAGAAGAUACAAGAGGAUCCACAGAGUGGCAGCUGUCUCAAUAUCAGUUAUGCCAAUGUGACAGGUCCAGUGGCAAAUUCCAAUCCAACCGGAUCUCCUUAUGCAAACACUGCUGAAGUGUUACCAACUGCUGCGGCAGCUGCAGGGUUAUUAGGACAUGCUAACCUUGCUGGCGUUGCAGCCUUUCCAGCAGUUUUAUCUGGCUUCACAGGCAAUGACCUGGUGGCCAUCACCUCUGCACUUAAUACAUUAGCCAGCUAUGGAUAUAAUCUCAACACAUUAGGGUUAGGCCUCAGUCAAGCGGCAGCAACAGGGGCUUUGGCUGCAGCAGCUGCCAGUGCCAACCCAGCAGCAGCAGCAGCCAAUUUGUUGGCCACCUAUGCCAGUGAAGCCUCAGCCAGUGGCAGCACAGCGGGCGGUACGGCGGGGACAUUCGCAUUAGGUAGCCUGGCUGCUGCUACUGCUGCAACCAAUGGAUAUUUUGGAGCUGCUUCUCCCCUAGCUGCCAGUGCCAUUCUAGGAACAGAAAAAUCCACAGAUGGAUCAAAGGAUGUAGUGGAAAUAGCAGUGCCAGAAAACUUAGUUGGUGCAAUACUUGGCAAAGGAGGGAAAACAUUAGUGGAAUACCAGGAGUUGACUGGUGCAAGGAUACAGAUCUCCAAAAAAGGGGAAUUCGUACCUGGCACAAGGAAUCGGAAGGUAACCAUUACUGGAACACCAGCUGCGACACAGGCUGCUCAGUAUUUAAUUACACAGAGGAUCACAUAUGAGCAAGGAGUUCGAGCUGCCAAUCCUCAGAAAGUGGGUUGAAUGCCCCAAUUACACAUCAGCUUGUUUUAACCCCCUCCUUUACCCCAUUUUCAAGAAGGAUGUACUGUACUUUGCAGAAGUGAAGUUUUUCUGUUAUUAAUAUAUAAUUAUGCAAAUGAAUGCGACUAUGUUGACAAUGUGUAUAUGUAAAUAAUAUGUGUUUUAUCAGAUGUUUCAUAGAAAGAAUUUUUUUUUCUUGAUCUGUUUUGUUCUCUAUUCUUUGCUUGUGUAUAUUUGUCAGAGGUGUUUCUAGUGUAAGAUUUAAGCCUGCCAUUUUACCAGCAUUAUUGUAGUUUAAUGACUGAAUGUAGACAGGGAUAUGCGUAUAGUUUUCAGUAUUAGUUCUAGAUAACACUAAAUUAACUACUGUUAGGUUGAGUAUGGUGGGGUCAGUGACCUAACAUGGAGUGAGGCCAAAGCACUGUCAUGUAAGUCUUACUUCCUGCUUAGGGCACAGUGAAGUAGGAAAAAAAAAUAUUUUGAAAAUAAGUUUUAAAUUUAAAAAUGAUCAAAAAAGCAAUAUAGUUGCAUAAAAGCACUGUAAAAUAUUUAAAGGUUAAAACUGUGGAAAA